AUGCAAGUGCGUACGAAUCUUAUUUCUUCGCGAAAUUCUGAUCAAAUAGUUCCAAUCGACGAUGAUACGAAUUGUUCAUCAUCGGUUCCAUCGAACGGGUUGAUCAGAAUAAAAUCAAAUCGACUUCAACUAAUCGUACUACGAUGCAUCUUCUUCGCAGCUUUAAUCUCAAUCAUCCUGGUAACAUACUUCAUUUUCAGUCGUGAUUAUUCAUCAUCAUCGUCCUCCAAUAAUCAAGCAACUACUAUUGAAGUCAGUUCUACCAUCACACAAUUUCCUACAUAUGUAACAACAGCAAUGAGUACAAAAAGACAAAAGUGCCAGUCGUUUUCAUUCGAUCCUUACGUUUCGUACAGUUCAAAUAACAAACCAUGGAGCAUCGCCCUCGGCGAUUUCAAUCGUGAUAAUCAUCUCGACAUCGUUAUUAGCAAAACUGAAAACUACGAACUUGGCCUCUAUUUCGGUUUUGGCAACGGAACAUUUGCAGCACAAAUGACUAUCUCUGCUGGCAGCACCCUUUUUUACGUUACCACUGCAGAUCUCAAUAACGACAACUACACGGAUAUCAUUACAGUCGAAGGUAGUGAUAACAGGAUUGGCGUGUUUAUUGGGCAUGGUGACGGAACGUUCGGUCGACGAAAGACAUUUCCUACUGGUUAUUACCCGUAUUGGGUUGAUACCGGGGAUUUUAAUGGUGAUGGAUACAUAGAUCUGAUCACUGCUAAUUCUUAUGAUAAAACUGUUACUUUAUUGUUAGGCGAUGGACGUGGAAAUUUUGCAACACAGCGUAAUAUAACUGCAGGUGAUAUUGUUACCGGAGUUGUUGUUGCCGAUUUUAAUCUCGAUAAUCAUCUGGAUUUUGCGGUUACAGAAUUCCGAGAUUAUACGAUGAGUGUCUUUCUUGGUACAGGCAGCGGUCUAUUUCAAGCAAGACAAUCUUUCUCAACUGAAAAUAAUCCAUGGGGUUUAGCAAGUGGCGAUUUCAACGGCGACAAGUACAUGGAUAUCGUGGUUGUUAAUGAACGAGCUAAUUCCAUUAGUGUGUUUAUUAACAAUCGCAACGGCACGUUUCAAUCUCAAAUGGUUUAUUCCACAGAUGCUUCAGCCAUAUCGGUAACUGUUGGUGACAUGAAUAAUGAUACAUAUAUCGAUAUUAUUGUUGGAAUUAACUAUAAAAAUUAUGUGAACAUUUAUCGCGGGUUCGGGAACGGAAGCUUCGAUUUCCCGAUGAAAUUCUACACUGACUGGUGGAUACUAUUUGUUGCAACUGGCGAUUUUAAUGGCGAUCAUCGACCGGAUAUUGCUGUGCUAAGCGAAUACACGGAAGCUUUGAAUAUUCUUUUGAACUCUUGCUAA